UGAACAGCAGCAGUGUGUGUGCUCGUGCAGAAGGUGUAGAAAGAUCGGUUUGUUAGUUAUACCGAGAGGAAAGCGGGUGUAACAGCGGGAUUUAGCUGGAGAAUAGGAUUAAAUUACUCCGGAAUGGAUCCGUUUACUGAGAAACUGUUAGAGCGUACACGGGCUCGCAGAGAGAAUCUUCAGAAGAAGAUGGCGGAGAGACCCACAGCAGCUAACCGACAAAUGACCAAGAGGUCACGAGAGCCACUUACCGAGACAAACAGUGUCAUCAGUCAACCCCCAGCUGAAAAAGUACUUCCCUCCUCCAAACCCUCUCCCUCUAAGCGCCGCUGCUCAGAGGAGAAUGCUCAUUUCACUGGGGAAGAGAACAAGGAGCCUGUUGCUCAACAGGUCACAGCUUUAGAGCCAGCAAUGGACAAGAAGCCCCCCAUUGCACCAAGCAGCAUUUACUCAGCUACAGUGGAGAGACCGGGUGUUUAUUCCAGCUCAGGCACAGGGCCUGUGCACCCUCCUUCAGACAGUGAGAAAAUGGAGGCUCGUCCUUCACAGGCCAUUACAGGAUGCACAGAUAAGGCAAUAAAGCACUCUGCGAUGGAGGAAAGCAGCGAAGUUCUCAAAGACGCUUCUGCUCCCACUUCAGCUGCCAGCAAUAUGAGAUCUCGUUUGCAGAGACUGGCAGAACAGAGGCACUGCUGGGACUCAGAGGUUACAGGUAGCUUUGAGCCAGUCCCCAGCACUGCAGCCCUGUCCCCUAUUAAAUCCCAGAGGAUAGAGGUUGUUGCUAAUCCUACCCCAGCCAUCACAUCGGAAAAGCCUUUAGGCAGGAAGGGCAGACUGGCAAACCUUGCUGCGACAAUCGGUUCUUGGCAAGAUGAUCUUGGGCAUCCACCCACUUGCAGAAACAAUACACAAGGUCAACCUGGCACAGCAUGUGUUCCUCCUCCAGCACGUCUAAACACCAGUGUCAAGCCUACUGCGCAACAAGUUAAGACUGUCCAGCCAUUUGCUACUAAGCCUGUCAACAGCACUCAGCAGCCAUCAGUUUAUUCUCCAGUCAAAUCAUCCAGAGUGAUUCCUCCAAGCCCACAAAAGACCGAGGUGCCUGAGCCAAAACUGGCUAAAGUACACCUCUCCCCUGCAUCUAGCCCCCUAAAGAGCUUUUCUAGUCAGCACUCCACUCCACUCAAGUCUGGAAGAGUCCCAUCUUCCCCUCAAAAUACCCAGUCUUCUGAAACCCCUCUGAAGACUCAAGUGCCAUGCAAAGAACUAGGACCAGAAAAAGUUAUUAUUGCAAGUCCGGCAAAAACGAGCAUCAAUACCAAUCCUACCUCCAGUGUAGUGCCCGCUCAGACUAUGGAGCGACUGACAAAGGAUGCAACACCUAUACAGAAAAGUGGCCCAGUUGGACCUACUGGGGGUGUUAAGUCAUUUUUAGAGCGUUUUGGGGAAAGGUGUCAAGAACGUAAUCAGGGUUCUCCUGUUAACGGUGUGGCUCUGGCUCGUACACCUGCUGCUACACCUUCAUCUGCUCACAAAUCGAGACUGCUUCAGGAGAGGCUUGCUGUCACACAGGGAGCUUCCAGCACUGCCCUCCUCACUCAGAAGCAGAAAAUGGAGCGUGAUGCAGAACUGGCACAGGUUCGCAGUCGAUUUCAGAACGGCAAAAUGUCAAAAAGCAAAGAAGAUUUCGAAGAGGACACGAAUAACUCAGAAUCUAAGCAGGUGGAAGAGCCUGAUGAUAAAAGGUCUGUCCUAGUACAAAAUGUUGAGCCGCCUGCACCAGGCUUGGAUGUUUUAGAAACAAAAUUCAGUGAGAAAGUGCUUCAUCUGAUGAGAUUAUUUCCUUUCUCAGAAACAUCAAAUACAAAACCGUCCCUGUCAAGCCCAAUGAAAAAGGUUGAGGUUGCUAUAGAAAAAGCAGAAACAGUCAAGGAAAGAGAAAAAGAGACAGAGGAGGAGACACACGAGAUCGAGAUGAAUGUUGAUGGCUCUGUUAACUCCGAAGUCAUUAACCAACUUUUUGAAGAUGUUUUGGAGGAAAGUGAUGAGCAUGAUGCUGAAGAAGAUGAGGAGGAAGAUGCUCUAAACAUCUCCUCCAUGUCUCUUCUCACCCCACUGGCAGAGACUGUGGCUGCAGUGGUCAAGAGCCCCGAGAGGAAAAUUAUGCAGACAUCAACCCCAUCUAGCUCGUUUAUUGAGAAGCAAGGGACUCCUGAGGUGGUGUCCAGGCCCACAAAAUACCAAAGAACACGAAUGCUUCGUGCUGGCUCCUCUGACAGCAUUGACGUCUUAGAAGAAGAACACAAACUACCCUACAGCAUUGAUGCAUACAGAUCAACCAGAGUCAAAGAGACUGAAAGACCUGAGGUUAAACAGGUGAUUGUGAGGAAGGAAGAUGUGUCGCAAAGAAUGGAAGAGCCCCGACAUACCAGUCACGUUAACAUUAAACAAAAGAUGCAGGUUUUGACCAAUGAGAUGAACAUGCAGCAGACGGUGAUCCAUCAAGCCAGUCAGGCACUGAACUGCUGCACAGAUGAGGACCAUGGAAAGGGCUCUCAGGUGGAGGCUGAAGCUGAAAGGCUGCUGCUUAUAGCCACCGAGAGGAGGGUGGCUCUGAAGGCUGAGCUUGAUCGGUUGAAAGUAGAGGGACCAGCAGUUCAGAAAAAAAGCUCUUCCAAAACCCAAGAUGACAUGGGUGUGCCUGCCUCCAAGGGCUCCAUCACACUGCAGGAGCUUCGAUUACCUCUUAAAGCUGACUUUGUCUGUUCUACUGCUAAUAGGCCUGAAAGUGGAAGCCAUUACUUCUUCGUGAUGAUCCGUGCUGGAGCUGAAAACACAGUUGCUACUCCUCUGGCCAGCACCAACAAUGCGCUCAGUGGGGAUGCUUUGACCUUUUCCACCAAGUUCACUCUGCCCGAUGUGUCCAGUGACUUUGAGAUUGAUAUUGAGGUCUACUAUCUUGUUUUUAAACGUGAGCUGUUAGUUGAUAAAAGAAAAAAGCCCUCCAAAUCCAAGGCAAUCACACCUAAGAGGUUUCUUGCUAUCACUAAAAGCAAUCUCCAAACACCUGUUGUAGCAAGUCCUGGGGGACCGAAUGCCGUGCGCUCCAGUAACUUUGCUCUUGUUGGAUCACACAAGUUAUCCUUGGCUGCAAUUGGAAAAAAUAAAUUCCCUCUGGAGAAGAUCAAAUAUGAGGGAUGUGAGAGCAGGUUUCUCAGUGACAUGUUUCAGAAUAAGGUGCCUUUUCUUUGUCCUCUGGAAGGUCAUAUUCACCUCAGGAUCCAGUGUGAGGUCAACUCGCAUGUGCAGGAAAGAGGCUUUUUGACCAUGUUUGAAGAUGUGAGUGGCUUUGGAGCCUGGCAUAGGAGGUGGUGUGUCCUUUCCGGAUAUUGCAUCUCCUAUUGGACUUAUCCUGAUGAUGAAAAACGCAAGAAUCCUAUCGGUCGUAUCAACUUGGCAAGUUGUACAAGUCGUAAAGUGGAGCCUGCUAACCGCGAGUUUUGUGCCCGGCCCAACACCUUUGAGCUGAUUACAGUCAGACCACAAAGGGAUGACGACAAAGAAACUUUGGUCAGCCAGUGCAAGAACACCAUGUGUGUCACAAAGAAUUGGCUCAGUGCCGACACUAAAGACGAGAGAAACCUGUGGAUGCGGAAGCUUAAUCAAAUCCUCGUGGACCUGCGCAUGUGGCAGCCAGACUCAUGUUACAGGCCAGUGUGACCGAGGCAACGAUCAUGGGUCCUACUCCUACAAAAAAUAUUAAACUGUUUGCUAAGAAGUGCAAUACAAUGUCAAAGUUACUAAACGUUUACAGUGGAAUAUAAAGUUAAGGUAUUGUAUAUUUGAUCAAAGUCAUGGGAGAUUAAGAUAUAAGAGAGUAAUAUUUCGGUAUUUCAUAAAAGAGAAAAUCCACCUCAAACCACGUGCUGAUAUUUAUAACAACUAAUUUGUGACUACAGCAUAACGUCAUAAACUUGGAGUGUAUUAAAUUAUUAAUCACAAAUGACUUAUCAGUAUCAGUAAUUACUUAACAAUAUCAAAGGAAAGCCAUGUGUUGUUUCAGGGUAAUGAAUUCAGUGUUACAUUAUAUAGUUUUUCAAUAAGGAUGAUUUAGUUUGAUUGGCAGAGAUACUGCAGUUUUAAAUUCCCGCUUCAGUCUUUAUAUUUAAACCAGCCUAAUUCACAAUAUAUGUGCUGUAAUAAAAUAUAACCUCGGUAACUGCUUCAGUUAUAGUGGAAUAAUGUGUACACAAUAGCUUAAACCACACUAAAGUGUUUCUCUAUAUUCUUUUCAGCAGUUCUUCAUAUAAUCAUACGACACAGAGCAGUGGUUUUUUAAUAUUAACCCUGCACACAAUAUGGUGCGAAUUAAAGCUCUUGGAUUUUUAUUAAUACAAUUUCAUGCUUAUAUUGUUUUUAUAUAUUAGUAUGAUGUGACUAUAGCUUAGUAUCAGUGUAAAUAUUGCAAGCAUGCCAUUUUGAAAUAAUCAGGAGGGUUGCUUGGUUUGCUUUUAUUCAGGGAAAUUUUUAUUAUAGUUUUAGAUGUAUUGUUUGUGGGUUCAGCAAUGUUAAAAGUAUUUUAUAAACAUUUCAUUUAUGAACAGUUUAAUUCAGCAUCAACAACUCUGAUGGUGGAUUUUAGAAUUUUUUUCCCUCUUCUUUUUUUUAUUUUUUAUGUUAUUUGUUUCAUCAGUUAACUGUAAGAGGGUAUAUAAUGCAGAGUGCCAAGACUGUAUUCUGAGCUGUUGAAACUACUACUAAAGUGCACACAUAUUGUCAAUAGCUGCUUAAACUGUUUUGCUCUUGCAGUAGAUCUAAUAAGAUAAAAGAUCUACAUGACACAAGUUUCACUUUGAGUGUAUGUAAACUGUUUGAAAAAGUAGUUUUUGUUAUUGACACAAAUAACACGAUGGCUUUUUUUUCCCUUUAUACUAGCAAUUUAUUCUAUUAAUUUGGCUUAAAUGCACAUAGAUGCGUACUUAAAACCUUUAAUAUAAUGUGGCUUGCUAUGGCUAGUGUCAAGUUUUUUAAGGCACUUGAGGAUGCUUCUAGGUUUUCCUGGCCUGUUUUAAACACUCCAUAUGUAAUGCUGACACUCAAAUAAAAGCCAACAGCUUUAAUCAA